AUGAACCAGAUGUGCUCCCGGGUGAAAGAACUCUUUUCUUCUCUGGGAGUGGACUGUAACAUCUUGGAACUUGAUCAACUCGAUGAUGGGAUCCGGGUUCAAGAAAUGCUGACAGAGAUCACCAAUCAGAAGACCGUGCCCAACAUUUUUGUGAACAGAGUGCACGUGGGAGGAUGUGACAGGACUUUCCAGGUACGCCCUCCCUCCCUCUCAUCCUCCUUCUGUUCUCAAAAGCAUUUAAAAGAGGCGGAAAUGGCGCUCAGCAGUCUUUUCACUUGGUCAUUUUGAAGUUGUAAAGAAGCUGCCAUUUUGGGAAAGAGAGUCCUGGUCCUGGACUUUGUGGUCCCUUCUCCUCAGGGCACAUCCUGGGGCCUUGGAGGCACUUGUGUGAAUGUUGGCUGUAUUCCUAAGAAACUGAUGCACCAGGCUGCCCUUCUAGGGCAGGCCUUGCAGGACUCAAGGAAAUUUGGCUGGGAGUAUAACCAACAGGUGAAGCACAACUGGAGCACCCUGACAGAGGCCAUUCAGAACCACAUCGGCUCUCUCAACUGGAGCUACAGGUUGUCGCUGAGGGAGAAGGGAGUGACCUAUGUCAACGCCUACGGGGAAUUUGUGGACCAUCACAAAAUCAAGGUACUUUCUGAAUUUCUUGCCCUUCUCUUGCCCAGGUCAUCAUGCACUGAAACUCCAGGGCCUUGCUUCACGUUCUCUCUCCCCAUCUCUGUUUUCAGUGACGAUCUGUUCUCGCUGCCUUACUGCCCGGGCAAGACCUUAGUGGUGGGUGCCUCUUACGUGGCCCUGGAGUGCGCAGGCUUUCUGGCGGGCUUUGGCUUAGAAGUGACCGUGAUGGUGCGUUCCAUCCUUCUUCGCGGCUUUGACCAAGAGAUGGCAGAGAAAGUGGGUUCCUACAUGGAGAGACAUGGCGUGAAGUUCUUGAGGAAAUUUGUCCCCGUGAAGAUUCAGCAGCUGGAGAGAGGCUCACCCGGAAAGCUCAAAGUGUGGGCUAAAUCCACUGAAGGACCGGAAACCAUGGAGGAGGUGUACAACACCGUCCUGCUAGCCAUUGGCCGUGACUCCUGUACAAGGAAAUUAGGCUUGGAGAAGAUUGGUGUCAAAAUCAAUGAGAAGAAUGGCAAGAUCCCAGUGAAUGAUACGGAACAGACCAACGUGCCCCACGUCUAUGCCAUCGGCGACGUUUUGGAGGGCAAACCAGAGCUGACUCCUGUGGCCAUCCAGGCAGGCAAGCUGCUAGCUCGCAGGCUGUUUGGGGCCUCGUCAGAAAAAUGUGAUUAUAUGAGUGUUCCAACUGCCGUGUUCACACCUUUGGAAUAUGGCUGCUGUGGACUGUCAGAAGAAAAAGCUAUUGAAGUGUAUAAAAAAGAGAAUCUAGAAGUGUACCACACUCUGUUCUGGCCUCUCGAAUGGACAAUAGCCGGCAGAGACAAUAACACUUGUUAUGCGAAGAUCAUCUGCCACAAACCUGACAGCGAUCGAGUGAUAGGAUUUCAUAUUCUUGGACCAAACGCCGGUGAGAUUACCCAAGGAUUCGCAGCCGCCAUGAAAUGUGGGCUCACCAAACAGCUGCUGGAUGACACCAUCGGAAUCCACCCCACAUGUGGGGAGGUCUUCACAACUCUGGAAAUCACAAAGUCAUCAGGACUGGACAUCACCCAGAAGGGCUGCUGAGGGUAGCCCUGCUGCUGCCGAGUUCUCCUUGUCCUGCUGUCAUUCCUUUCAAUGACAACGAUGCUCUGUGCCCAGGACACCCGCUCUGUUGCUGGGGGACCAGUACAGGGCUCUGGAGGGCACAGAGAUGAGAAGGCGGACAGGGGGACAGGUCAGCAGCAGGGGCCUGCGGUCGUCUCGGCUGACGUGAGUGGCAGUUGGGCUGCAUCCUUGACGCUCUGGCUUGGAACCGCCUGGUGAGGUGAGCCAGGGCCGACCCUCUUGCGUCAGACUGGACCUUGCCACCAGCCCACCGUGAGUGGCACAGUGACCGAAGCUAACUUUUCCACACUUGGCGCUGUUUUGAUUCCUGCUUUGUUACUUCUAUGAAGAAAUUUUUUUUCAAUUGUGAAACUGGCUGGGAAAGGCCGUUUUCCUGUGUGCAGGCCUGGGUGGCACCUGCGCGCCUGCGUGGGUGACAUCUGGGAGAUGCAUUGCAGUAGCUGGCUGCAGAGGACUGGGGACAUGAGCAGAAAGCUCUGCGCCAGGUCUAAGUGUCAAGUCAACUGUCCUUUAAAAGGGACAUUUUAACCUGCUGUCAAAAUCCUGAAUUGGGCUUCACUCUCCUGGACAUUUCCUGGUGUCUGUCACCUGGAAGUGAGUCUCCUCUUAGAUCCUCGACUGGUGAGACAGCUCGUGUAAGAGACAAGUACUUGAAUUUCUUGUUGUUGAUUUUUAAGAGUAAUAUUAAAAGCCGUUUUCAGUACUGUA